AUCGUUGCAUCCUGACCACAAACUGCAGGUUGCAUUCAUUCACAGCAUGACUGUUGCCACAGGCGACCCAGUUGAUGAAGCCGCAGCUCUCCCGGGUCAGCCACAGGACACGUAUGACCCGGAACCAGACCAUGAGUGCUGCGAAAGGGUGGUCAUUAACAUCUCUGGCCUGCGCUUUGAGACGCAGCUCAAAACUCUGUCUCAGUUCCCAGAGACAUUGCUUGGGGACCCCAAAAAGAGAAUGCGCUAUUUUGACCCUCUGAGGAAUGAGUACUUUUUUGACAGGAACCGCCCAAGUUUUGAUGCCAUUCUGUAUUACUACCAGUCAGGUGGCAGGCUGCGGAGGCCUGUCAAUGUGACAUUGGAUAUUUUUUCUGAGGAGAUACGUUUUUAUGAGCUCGGGGAAGAAGCCAUCGAGAUGUUCAGGGAGGAUGAAGGAUUUAUUAAGGAAGAGGAGAAACUCCUGCCAGAAAAUGAGUUUCAGAGGCAGGUGUGGCUGCUCUUUGAGUAUCCUGAAAGUUCAGGGCCUGCCCGGAUUAUUGCCAUCAUUUCCGUCAUGGUCAUCCUCAUAUCUAUAGUCAGUUUUUGCCUGGAGACACUUCCAGUUUUUCGCAGUGAGGACCUGGACACGCAUAUUCCCAUGGGCUCCAACUCAACAAAUAGUUACACCUCCUCCUACUUUACUGACCCUUUCUUCAUCCUGGAGACCCUUUGCAUCAUAUGGUUCUCCUUCGAGUUCCUGGUGCGGUUCUUUGCGUGUCCCAGCAAAGCAGGCUUCUUUGUCAAUAUAAUGAACAUCAUUGAUAUUGUGGCUAUAAUACCUUACUUUAUCACGUUGGGCACAGAGCUAGCAGAGAAGCCAGAGGAUGGCCAGCAAGGGCAGCAAGCCAUGUCACUUGCCAUUUUGAGGGUCAUCAGAUUAGUACGAGUCUUCAGGAUCUUCAAACUGUCCCGGCACUCGAAAGGGUUGCAGAUUCUCGGGCAAACGCUCAAGGCCAGCAUGAGGGAGCUAGGGCUGCUUAUCUUCUUUCUCUUCAUUGGCGUCAUCCUCUUUUCGAGUGCCGUCUUCUUCGCAGAGGCAGACGAGGCUGACUCGCAGUUUAUUAGCAUCCCCGAUGCCUUCUGGUGGGCAGUGGUCACAAUGACGACAGUAGGGUAUGGUGACAUGGUUCCAACUACAAUCGGUGGCAAAAUUGUGGGUUCCUUGUGUGCUAUCGCUGGUGUGCUGACCAUUGCCUUGCCCGUGCCUGUCAUAGUCUCAAACUUCAACUACUUCUACCAUCGAGAGACAGAAGGCGAGGAACAGGCCCAGUACCUUAACGUGACCAGCGUCCCCAAGAUAGAUUCCUCAGAGGACCUGAAAAAGAGCCGCAGCGGGUCAAUCAUGAGCAAGUCUGACUACAUGGAAAUUCAAGAAGCUGUUAACAACAGCAACGAGGACUUUCGAGAGGAGAACAUCAAGACCGGCAACUGCACCCUAAACAACACUAACUAUGUUAACAUCACCAAAAUGCUUACAGAUGUAUAACUGCUUUGAUCAGCCUUGUCGAAGAAGGUGAGAUAAAGUAGGGGAGUGCAAAACCCAGUUUUGAAGGCUUCAGACGCCUCGUGUAAGAGUUUCAAGACGGGAGGACUUGAACGCGUCCAUUUGAGAGAAGGAUCAGUAAAGAAGACCUGUCCUUCAUUACAUCCCCAUUCCCUGUCGCAAGUUCUGGAAAACUUGUUGUUUUGCAUCCUUGUGUUCAGUGUCUGCAUGGAGUUUGUCUUUUCUGUGUGACUGUUCUAGUAGUCGUUCUGCUUGCAACAGUAGCCAAAUUGUAGCCUAACCAAUAUAUACAAGCGUAGCAUAGAGGGACCAAUUCCUGACUCCCAUUCCCCCAUUCACUGCCAACCUGAGGACCCCUUGAGUCUUUUUCGAGUGUAUUUGUACCUUAAAAGAACAACAAUUUUGUCACUCCAAAUUGAUCAGUGGCUUUAAAACAUGAAGGAGUUAACAUAUUUGUGAAGAAUCAUCAUGGAGGAUGUAUUUCUCUGUGAAUGCACAAAUGCUGCCUGUCCUGCCAGCCACAACGGCUAAAAAUAUAACAUUCCAUCUUGUGACGGAGAAAUACAUGCAUGACCAAUCUUGGGGGCCUGGAAAGCCGGUUAAAUAUCUAUGACCAUUUUCCCUCUUUUGCUGCCAAUGUUAAACGUUACUAAGAGUAAACAGACCUGAAAGUGGAGCGGAGAUUGUUUUGAAGUUGCCCAUUUUUCCAUCGUCGUCAUUCCACUAUACUGCAUGAGCAGCUGCCCUCCAUUGCAUCAUUUCCUCCCGUCACUUACUUUUCCCAGCAUUGUAAACUUCCAAGCAUUCCAUGUGUAUGAUAAAUGUCUUUUGUAACGAACAUCUACCACUACAAGCACCUGACGAGGGGUUGAAAGAGUGUAGAUAUUUUACUGUGACAUUGCAGCCAACAACAGCAAAACACUAGCUUACUAAGUCAGGUCACCAAAGAUGAAGUUCACUGCCGCUAUUUAUUGCAUUUUUAUGUUGUUUUUACAUUUUUGUGCCAUUUCAUGGUGCAUCCUGCUCAUAAUAUGAUGCUGGAGAAUUUGGAUAAAUCUUGUAUGAAAUUGAUGCUUCCUUGAAUAGCUUUUGUAAGAGAUAGGAAAUAUUCUACUACUUUUGUG